AUGGAGAAACAAAACAGUUUUCGGGCAUCUACUAUGGAAAAACAGAAGAGUUUUCGUGGAUUCAUGGAAAAACAGAAAAGUUUUCGCAUAGUGAUGGAGAAGCAGCUCAGCUUUAUGGGAAGCGAAAGGAAGAAGAGCAAGGAAUCACCUGGGAAACGUGGUGACUUACCAAUUCAUUUAGCAGCUCGGGCAGGGAACUUGAGCAGGGUGAAAGAGAUAAUUCAAAACUGUUUAAAUUAUGAGACAAAAGAUUUGUUGGCAAAGCAGAACCUAGAGGGGGAGACCCCUCUUUAUGUCGCAUCAGAGAAUGGGCAUGCUUUGGUUGUUAGUGAGAUACUGAAGUACUUGGACCUGCAAACUGCUUCUAUUGCGGCCAGAAAUGGCUAUGAUCCAUUCCAUAUUGCUGCAAAGCAAGGUCAUCUUGAGGUACUGAGAGAACUACUUCACUCUUUUCCCAACUUGGCCAUGACCACAGAUUUGUCCAACUCAACUGCCUUACAUACAGCUGCAACUCAAGGGCAUAUUGAUGUGGUUAAUCUCCUUCUGGAAUCAGAUUCUAACCUUGCUAAAAUAGCCAGGAAUAAUGGUAAAACUGUCCUUCACUCUGCGGCUAGGAUGGGGCAUUUGGAAGUUGUGAAAGCUUUACUAAACAAGGAUCCAAGCACUGGAUUUAGAACUGAUAAGAAAGGCCAAACUGCACUACACAUGGCUGUGAAAGGGCAAAAUGAAGAAAUUUUGCUGGAAUUGGUAAAACCUGACCCCGUAGUUUUACGCAUGGAAGAUAAUAAAGGAAAUACAGCAUUGCAUAUUGCCACAAAGAAGGGCCGUACUCAGAAUGUUCGCUGCUUGUUAUCAAUGGAGGGUAACAACAUCAAUGCAAUAAACAAGGCUGGAGAGACUCCACUUGAUGUUGCAGAGAAAUUUGGAAGUCCUGAACUUGUCUCCAUAUUGAGGGAUGCUGGGGCUGCGAAUUCCACUGACCAAGGGAAACCUCCAAAUGCGUCAAAGCAACUCAAACAGACUGUCAGUGACAUAAAGCAUGAUGUACAAUCUCAACUCCAACAGACACGUCAGACUGGCAUGAGGGUUCAAAAAAUUGCAAAGAAGCUGAAAAAGCUACACAUUAGUGGCCUGAACAAUGCGAUAAACUCUGCUACUAUUGUUGCCGUUCUUAUUGCUACUGUUGCUUUUGCAGCCAUCUUCACAAUCCCUGGUCAAUAUGUUGAAAAGAAAACAGAUGGAUUUUCACUUGGCCAAGCAAAUAUAGCAAACAAUGCAGCUUUCCUAAUAUUUUUUGUGUUUGACAGCCUGGCAUUGUUCAUCUCUCUCGCAGUUGUUGUGGUUCAAACUUCUGUAGUUGUGAUUGAGCAAAAGGCAAAGAAGCAGCUUGUUUUUGUCAUUAACAAGCUCAUGUGGAUGGCUUGCCUUUUCAUUUCCAUUGCCUUCAUUUCUCUUACAUAUGUGGUGGUGGGAUCACACUCCAGAUGGCUUGCAAUAUAUGCUACGGUGAUUGGAAGCUUGAUAAUGCUGUCCACAAUCGGCUCCAUGUGCUAUUGUGUAAUUUUGAAUAGGAUGGAAGAGACAAAAUUGAGGGCCGAGAGUCGAUCAUUCUCCAUGUCUCAUGCAUCAGACCAAGAGAUUUUAAACAGUGAAUACAAGAGGAUGUACGCACUGUAG